UCCAUACUUCUUCACUUCUCCAUAAUACAUAGAAACAUAAGGAAGAUAAAAUGGCGAAACGUUUCAAAAUAAAGAUAUCAAGAAUCCUCUCCUUCAAAUCUUGCCGUUCAAAAGAUCCUUCCGAUCUCCCUUUCAAUCCUGUCCGUUCAUUUCCCCGCCCACCUCCUCCACCGGCUAACCCAACAACUACCGUGCCACCCCGUCGUCGUUCUUCUUUUAGACAACACGUGUUUACCACUUUUGGCUGCGGCUCAACUCGGCGACGCUCUUCUACACCGUUGGAUGUUUCUCGGAGGAAUUCACGGUCGUUAUCGCCGCCGCAUACGCCGACGUUUCAGUGGGAAAGCGAGGAAAAAUGGCACGUGAUUGCUCAAGAAGAUGGUAGAGAAUACGAAACGCCUCGUCGGAAAAUAUACGACGGUGAUGAUCGCCGGCGAUCGGUGAAGAAAGAGAGACACGCACGGCGGCGAGGGAGCAUUUCCUCCGCCGAAGAAUACGAAGAGGAGACGGGGAGAGAGAGUCUCUUACCAUCUUCCACAAACCUCUCCCCGGAAAGUUCUUCUUCUGGGCUUCCACGUGUCACCAGACGACGGAGACGCCAUCAGAAGAGAAACAACACGUCGUUGGUUGUUGAGGAGAAAAGCGACGAGUCGUCUUCUCCGCCACCGUCUCCGGCAAGACUGUCAUCCUUCGUGCAGAGAUUUAUCCCGUGUACGGCGGCGGCACCGGUUGUGAUGGAAGGAGUGGCGGUGGUGAAGAGAUCGGAGGAUCCGUACGAAGACUUCAAGGGAUCAAUGAUGGAGAUGAUAGUAGAGAAGAACAUGUUUGAAGUGGCUGAGCUUGAGCAGCUUCUCAGCUGCUUCCUAACGCUAAACGCGAAACGCCACCACCGCAUGAUUGUUAAAGCGUUUUCUGAGGUUUGGGUUGCUUUGUUCUCCGGUGGCAAUAACAGCAGCCGAAGAUCCAGUGUUCGACUCUCGGAUUAUGAUGAAUGUUAGAUAAAAAACAUAAUGUUUAUGUAAUUUCUUAACUAAAUUUUCUUUCUAAUUUCUAAUUAAGUGGUCGAAGUAAGUGGUAGACUAUGCGUCCGUGCAAUGAUUUAAAACUGUAAUCAUGAUGUUCCUUUUCCAAAUUUGUUUUUUUUAGCAAAAUCAUACUACAUUAGAAAGCA